AUGAAGUCCUUUUCUGUCAUAUUCCUUGUAGCCAUCAUCAUGACCAGGCCACUUGCCCAAGCCCUGAAUUGCCAUGUCUGUACAUCGACUAAAAAUGAUUGCUCAAAUCCACUGCGGUGUCCAGAACUAGCCACCUACUGCAAGACCAUUCGCACCUAUUCUCCAACUACGGUCUACAAAUCCUGUGCGAGCGUCUGUACCAAAGAUAGUUUGGAGGAAGUCCACAUGAACCAAAAUGCCAAGGUAUCCUGCUGCCAGUCGGACCUGUGUAAUGGGGCUGCCUCCUGGACUCCUGCUUCCUCAGGCUUAAUCUUCACCGGGCUCCUCAGCAUCUUCUGGGGCCUGUUUGCGCUUGGCCUUUGAGUUAGGACCAGUAGACAGACAGACAGACAGACAGACAGACAGACAGACAGACAUGCUUCCUUCACCUCCUUUGGAUUUAUAACCCAGCCUGGCUCCCAGGUGAGAAAGGGAAACUGUGCUCCCUUCCUCCCUCUGUCACUGGGCCCCACACAGAGCGCUGGGCCCCUUCCAGCCCUCCUGCCAUCACUUACCACCC